AACCGGACCGCGACAGUAUGUCAGCAAAAUUUGUAACUAAAAAAAACUUUCCGACUUGAGCUUGUGGCUGGGUCAACACAGGAAGAGAUUAUUUUACAAAAGGCAAGUAAGAAGUGUUAAUCGAGGGCAGAUUUGCAACUGACAGAUUUCUGUUACCACCGAGCUUGGCCUAUCUAGUGAUAACAGACUUACAAUACUUUACUGAUAUUUUACUGACCUUACAAUAUAAACCAUUCUCUACUAGGACUGUUUCACACACACUCACACACACACACCAAACUAACAAACAAACAAACACAUGUACACGCACGCGCGCACAUAGAUAACACUCACACCCACGCACCUCCUCACUCACACACUCUAGACAUGUAUGCAUGAUACGGUACAUUUACACACACCGGGCAAACCAUGCACCUAACGUACUUUCUUUGUACUAUUUUGUUUUCAUUUUCCAAUCGACCUGGAAGUGGCACCCUUACGUCUAUGCAAGUUCCACGAAUGGAAAACAUUAACACGCAGCCAUCUGAUCGAUGUGUCUAGGUGUUACAUCCUUUAGCUGCUUUUGUUGAACGAUGCUAGAUAGAUCUCUUGUGGUCAUUGCAACUGGGCUGCUUCUGUUCUUUCCUAAAAGCACGGUUUCCGUCCAAUGUCCAAUCGUUCCACACAGAGCAGGGGGAUUAACCGCCAAGGUAGAUUCUAAUUAUUCGAGAGUUAGUUGCAAUUACAAGAAACCUGUACAAGUGGAUGAACGAUACAAGACGAAUGUGAAGAUUACGUUCGUUGUAUCGGCACCGCUGGAUGGUUGGGAGAUAUCUCUUCUGUUCGGUAGCACUAGUCCUGACGUGUCGAUCUGUGACGUCAAUGGUGCUCAAGUAGUGAACACAAAGUCAGACGGAACUAUCGUCUUCCGCAAUCUAACGGAGCGUCUGCAGAUCGGAAACGAUUCGAAACUAGAGUUCAAUCUCUAUACUGCAGAAGAAGGCGUGAAGCUGUUUCCUGUAAAGUUUGGUUUGCGACUACCAACUGUAGUCACACCAAAGGUAAACGGUAUGUGCAGAGGGUUUGAUAUCCAUUCGCCCUCCGCAAGGUUCAGUGUGGAUCCGACGGACAAAGCCAAGUACACGUUGAAGUUGAAUUUCGCAGUUCAACCUGGUCAAACUUCUUGGAUAACUUGUAGGUUGAUGUUCAACGUUCCUGUUCGUAUUAUUGAAGUGCAUCAUGCCGAGGCUGUGAGAAAUGAUAAGACAAACGAGGUCGUUAUUGCUAGAAACAACACUAGAAACAUGGCUAAAAAGACGGUCAUCAAGUACACAAUAUUAAGAAAACGAGUGAAAAGUGAUGGGUACAACAGCUCACUGUGUCGAGCUUGUUAUGUGGAUCCCACGACUAACCGAUAUGUUCCUGCGACCGACCCUGUCGAGACCCCUCGUCUUCCAACCUUCAAUUGUGGGUCAACGACUACUCGGAUAACACAAACAACCGCGUCGGUAAAGAAAGUUACGUCCUCGAUGCAAACUUUGUCAAUCGGCACGCCAUCUAGUUCUGCGUUCUCUUCAGGCAAUACAGACAUUACGGAAACUCCACAGGCAACGUCAGAUCUAAACAGUAAGAGCGAUCAGUCAUCAAAUUCGUAUGUCGUUUGGAUUGCGGUAGCUGCAGGCUGUGCCGGCGCUCUCGUAGUCUUGCUCCUCGUCGCGUCUUUUAUGAUAAUGUCGCGCAAAUCGGGAACGCCCGAGACCAGACCAUUGCAGCUACCUAACCUCGAUCCGGGCAGGUCUUCCAACGAGUACGAGAUGUCUAGUAUGAGGCCUAGUGCAAACGGCAAUGGCUUUACGAACACGUCAUGUUGCAACGAUUUCUCUAAUACAACAAACUUGGCCAAACUUCUAGGAGACGAUAAGUACGGACCGGCGUAUGAGGAACUGGAUCGUUUUCUUCCUUUCUUAGAGAGUCCUACGAGCGACUGCAACUUUGAUCACUCGACGGGUAAGAACAUCUGUGACUAUCUCUUACCCGGUCAGCGACUGCAUACCUUAACGGAAGAGAGUCCUAGAUAUACAGAAGGAGCAAGCGAUUUGCGAAAAAAGGCUGUGCAAGAGGGCAUGUACGUGGCAAUGCAUAGUGUGGAUGAGGAGAGGAAUGGUAGCAAAGCGUUCGAUGAUUGUGAUGUGACAUACAAGGACGGUACCGCUAGAGAAGACGAGGUUAUGACGAGUGAGAAAACGUACGUGACAAUGCACAGUAUAGAAGAGAAGAACAGUGAACAUGAAGAUGACACCAAAACGACUUCGGUUACCGAAUCUGUUAACGCUGCCGUGGAGAGUGACAGUCCACCCUUGGCAAUGGAUCGUCAAGAUACGGAAGAUGAAGACGAGGAGACCGAACUGAAAUCACCCGACAAAUCUCUUGAUGAUGAUAAGACAAAGACUGAAAACGCGUGUUCGGAUGCUAUGGACGUAGAGAAAGCUGAACAAGAUGACUGCACAAAAACUAGUGACGACGACAAACAGCCGGAGACUUAGAAUAAAUUACUAAGGAAUUUGAUUGUAGAAACACGACGGUCGUAACAACUUACGGAUACGUAGGAAUUAUCAACAUUUGCGAAGACUUUUUUCACUUUUAGUUGCUACUGCUAGCUUUUAGUAUAAGGAUCAUAGAAAUUUGACAUAGCUUGUUAUAUAACAUGAGAAGCUUACAUUUUGUAGUGA